AGGCGUGUGUGGCCGAGGGGCAGAGCGUCCCCCAGCUGCCGCCGCGCGGUGGUAUCAGUGGAUUUUUCCUCCGUGGGACCUUCUCUCUGCCUGAGGAUCAAUCUGUAGGAUUACAUUUAAGAAAUGGAGAGCAACAUUUAUCAAGUUUAUGAAGAUGAAAUUCAAUCUUUGGAAAAAGAAGUUGAAACAUUAGCUCAGGAGUAUGAAAACAAUCAACUGGAAUCUACACUUUAUUCUGAUGAGAAGAUACUAAUGCCAGUAAAGCCAUUCCAAAGAGAAUCUCAUGAGGAAUAUGAAGAGCCUGAAUUUUCACCAGACCUGAAAGCUUGGUUUAACAGUUUAGAAUCUGAUCUUUCCUUUUUAAUGAAAUUUACUGGCAUUUGCCCUGAAAAUUGCUCCAGGAAAACACUGGAAAAAACUGGAAACAAAACUAUUCAGAACUACAGAUUGUCAGGCAAUUGCCACUCACUACCUUUUGACCUGGAAUUUCAACUUCUUGAGAUGCAGAGUGAAGAAGGUACAUCUGCUACUGUUACUGACCUCAGCAUUAUAAUGGAAUCUGAUGAAUAUUGUGAUAUAAGCAAAGUUAUGUCCAGGGCUGAAGAAGAAGGAAACCUUCUGCUUUUUUUUAGAGCCUUUUCCAACUUCGCUCAGUGGUGUAAACAUCGUAAAUGCACCUUCCUACAUUUCAAGGCCAAAUAUCCUGAUAUUGUAACACUUCCUGAAGGACCAACAGGAGAUUACAUGAUUAUAAAGAACCCUGAACUUUCUGGGUUUGAAUUAAUGAUCAUUUGGAAGAUACCCGUGAAUGAAGAAGGAAUAGCAAUACCUGUCCUGGAUCUUCUGCCUAAAAUACCAGCACACAGUAUACAGCAUAAGGCAGCAGCCGCUGCUGAAAAUGCACCUGGCUGCUUCAGAAUUAUGCUGCGUUUGCUUGGGAUUGAGGCCUCCAUUGAAAGUGUGGUCAAAUCAUUUGCCAUGGAAACAGAGUAAUUUAUAACAGUAGCCAUGUGAAUUAUACAGUCUAUAAUUUUUAUUGAAUAUAAACAUUAAGUUAUUUUCCAUUUAGAAACCAUACCCAUAAAACAUGCUAUCUGUACAAUUAUGGCACAUUCUAUAUAAAUUGUCAUGAUGUGAAAAAUAAAUACAGCCAUUUAAAUACAAAAUGCCAAAUAAAAUAGUUACAUGUACAGAGUGAAUUUCAUUAUAAAAUUUAACUCUCUGAAUCAGUAAUGUACCGGGGGGGCGGGGGGUGUAGGUUGUCCUUAACAUUUUCUAGGUAUCUGGAAAGUGUUACAAGAACAUGUGCUGUCAAAUUCAAGUCCAUAAAAAGUGGAAAUUUCAUUUCACAGCUCUAUACAAGUACAGUGAUCUUAACAGCUGCUUACAGAUAUUAAAAAACAAACACACACAGAUAUUACCAGAAGUAGCAGCGUGAUAGUUCAACCCAGUUCCACAGCAUCUCUUUAGAUCAAGCACUUCAGCGGGGCUUUUUGCCACUUUUAUCUAAAGCCAAUUCAAUCAGUUAUUAGAUAAAAGCACCAAAAAGGCCCACUAAAGCACCCAAUCCAUAGACGUGGCUUGGGCCAGGUUGAAUUAACAUGAUUCCUAUUCUGGGUGUAUGCUGGGUUUGGUGUGGGAGCACACUGAGUGUAAAAGUAAAGCGCCAUUUGGGAGGGGGUGUUGUUUUGUUUUGAUAAUGUCUGUAAGCAGCCUCAUGGCUCG